AUACUACACGAUACUGACCCGAAAUAAACGCCAUAUAUUCCAUACCACUACCCAGCAUUAGCACCACGUCUUGACCACCCAAAUUCCAGAUCCCUGGCAUUACAGCAUCACCGCCUCGGAAAAAGAAACACCUCCGAGCAUCCCAGCCAACAUUCCCACCAGCCUCGCAUUAUCUUGGGCCUAAUCAACCCUGCGUUGCACUAAACCACUGAGGUCCAAUAUCUUAUCUCUCUAUUUUCGCCUAAAGCGCACUCUUCUUACGUCUGACUCUGCACCAGCUGGCUGGUUGCUCUCGCACACGCGCCACCAUGCGGUUACAAUCAAGCGUCUUCUCGUUCCUCUUCGCCGGCCUUGUCACCGCGACAGGCUUCGACUGCGCGCAUAUCAACCUGGACGGCAUUAAAUACGACCUGAGUCCACUUGGUGGAGUGCAUUCGUUAUACCACAUUGAGGAGACGGAGGAUUAUGUCGUCAACACCACCUACGUGCUGAACAUCUGCAAUAUCCUGAAGGGGGCCGCUAUUCGGGGGAACCUCAAGUGUGGGACGUCGAAGAACAUCUGUGGAUUCGAAUACAGAGACGCCGUCGAUGGCUCCGAUAGCGAAACGAAAGCGUUCCCCAUCGCCGGUCUCGACCACCUAGGACAUGGCGCCAAAGACCCUGAAAUCACACGGUUGAAGCAACUCGAUCCCGACCGCGAAGGACUGAGAGUGCGACUGGGCGGAGGCCAGUAUCUCGACGACAAAAAGACUAAGAAGGAUGCUGGUGCGGUGAUCGAAUUUCAGUGCGACCCCACCAGGUCCGGUCUGGAGGGCAUUUCGACAGAGGAGGAUACAGCAGAGGAACAGCUAAGGGCGAAGGAAGAUGGAGACGAGUCCGGUGAUAAAUCGCGCAGUUUGCGGUUUCAGAGCUUCGGGCCUGCAGAUAAUGAAUCCUACGUGCUAAAACUGGACUGGAAGACCCGGUAUGCGUGUGACGACUACCUGAGUAGCAAGAAGGGCGGGUCUUCUAACCAUUGGGGAUUCUUCACCUGGUUUAUUGUCAUCCUCUUCCUUUGCAUCUCCGCGUACCUCAUCUUCGGCUCGUGGCUCAACUACAACCGCUACGGUGCUCGGGGGUGGGAUCUGCUCCCGCAUGGUGACACAAUCCGGGACGUGCCGUAUAUCUUGCAGGAUUGGUUUCGACGAGUGGUGAAUACUCUUCAAGGGACAGGGUCUAGGGGUGGAUAUAGCGCUGUGUAGUUUCUUUGUUUGGGGGUGAUAGUUGUUAGACGAUUGCAUGAAUUGAUGUUGAUAUUACCUUGACGCCCAAUUAUGCAGUUCGCGUAGUUUGUAGAAGCA